AGGCAUUGUUAUUCGCUUUUCCAAGCAUGCAACAAUCCCCAAUUCUUUUCGCCUCCUCUCAGCUCUACUAUUAUCAUUUGGGUUUGAGCUCUCAGAUCUCUGCACCUGUGGUACCGGUCCAAGACAAGAUGGCGUGGAGUGAGUAACUAGGGCCUCCUGAUCUCAAAUCUUGAUGCUUUGGUUUUCGUCCAAGCAGUAGGCAUGGAGGGACGGAUGAUGAGUUCGUCGUUGGGCGCCAUGGGAUCUCUUCUCGGGAAGCUCCAUACGCAGCUUACCUCUCCGGAGCAUCAGCUUCCCGAAUCACUGAAGGACGGGAUCGAGCAUCUGAAACAAGAUCUAGAAGAGCUAAAUAGCUUCCUGGUGGAUCUGUCAAGGUUGGAAGGCACCAACGCGAUGGUCAGGCGCUGGAUGAGUGAGGUGCGCGAGCUGUCCUACGACAUGGAGGAUUAUGUUGACAGCACGAUGCGCCCCAACACGACGGGCAGCCGCAAGAUGAACAAAGAGAUACUCACUGUGCUCAAACAGUUCGGGAAUCUUGUGAAGCAGGCCCGUGAACGGCAUGAGAGGUACGAGCUGUCGCGCUGGGCAUCAGAUCCAAGCUGCACGGCAGUCGAUGAUGGGCAGGACCAGCUUCAGUGUUUCAACGGGAAGAAGGCCACAGACCUUCUUGUUGGUAUCGAUGAAUCAAGAGGUGAACUGAUCAGGUGGCUCAAGCCGCUUAGCAACGCCGACGACGCCGCCGAAGAGCGGCUGAAAGUGGUGUCCAUUCUUGGACCUGCCGGCGUUGGUAAGAGUACGCUUGCCCAACAAGUGUACCGUGAAAUUGGAGGGCAGUUCGAGCGUCGAGCCUUUGUGCGGGCGUCAAGGGUGCCUGAUGCAAGGAGGCUUCUCCGGAGCAUGAUCUCUCAAGUCCGGCGCCAUCAACGACCACCUUGCGGUCUCCCCGUGCAGGAGCUCGUUGACAACCUUAGAACACAUCUUCAGCAGAAGAGGUAUUUCAUUGUUAUUGAUGGUUUAUGGGAAACAACAUCUUGGGAUAUUAUUAGAAAUGCUUUUCCGGAGGGUGCUCAUUGUAGUAGAGUACUGAUAACGACAGAUACUGAGGAGGUUGCUCUGGAGUGCUGUGACUAUCAAUCCAAUGCAGGUAUUACUUGGGCACCUGAGUCAUCAUUGGAUUUGGACUCUCAUUUUCAUGCCCAAGUAGGUAUUUUUAAGAUGGAGCCGCUGAGCAUCGAUGACUCCAUGGACUUGUUCUACAACAGAGUCUUUGGCUCCAAGCCUGUUUUCUCUGAACAACUGAAGAAAUAUUCAGAAGACAUUAUAAGAAAAUGCAGUGGUCUGCCACUAGCAACCACUAUCAUAGCUAGUGUUUUUGCAUCUCAACCAGAGAACCCAGAGCUCUGGAGCCAUGUUAAAGAAUGUUUGUCUCCCAUAAAUGGUCUUUCUUCGGAAGACAUGCUAAACGAAAUAAUAAGCCUGAGCUACUAUAGUCUAUCUCAACAAUUGAAGACAUGCCUACUAUAUUUUAGUUUGUAUCCUGAAGGGUAUACAUUCUUGAAGACUGAUUUGGUGAAGCAGUGGAUUGCCGAAGGUUUUAUCAGUGCAGUGGCAGGUAAAGGUCCCAACGAAGUUGCAGAGUGCUAUUUUGAUGAGCUUGUCACCAGGGGACUUGUGCAGAGUAAUCAUAUCGGUCUCGCAGAUGAAGUGAUGGUCUAUACAGUGCACUCCACUAUAUUUGACGUUAUGAGGCGCAAGUCCGUAGAAGAGAAUUUCACCACGGUAAUAGACUACUCUGAAACUAUUCCAAAGCUCUCUGCAAAGGUCCGGCGACUGUCUCUCAGCUUCAGCAAUGCUAAAUAUGCAACCAAGCCUGCAGGCUUCACACUAUCAACAGUUCGAUCACUCACCUUUUAUGGACUAGUUGAGUGUCUGCCUUCCAUUAUGGAGUUCAAGCUACUUAGAGUCUUAGUCCUUGAAUUUUGGGGUGAUCGAGAAAUGUUCGACCUAAGUGGAAUUUGCAUAUUGUUGCAGCUGAGGUACUUCCGGGUUACAACUGACUUCAUUAUAAAGCUACCAGUAAAGAUGCGAGGACUAAAAUAUUUGGAAACACUGGAAAUAUAUGCAAGUGUAUUGACUGUUCCAACCGAUAUUGUUCACCUCCCAAAACUGCUGCACCUCCACCUUCAAGGUAAUUUAAAGCUGCCCGAUUAUGUUGGCCAACUGAGAUCCCUACGCACAUUGCAGUCUUUUGACCUGAGCAGUAAUUCUGAAGACAAUGUAUGGACCCUUGGUGAGAUGACGAACCUGCGUGAACUGCAUAUAACCUGUUGUACAGCACAGUCUGACCAUCUGGAGAGAAACUUGAUUGCUCUAGCCUCUUUGAUUGGGAGACAUGAAAACCUAAAAACUCUUACCCUUGCUCCAGGAGUUUCGUGCCCAAGCAUUUACACAGACUGCUCACUUAUAGUAUCUUCUCCACCCGUUUUCCUUGAGAAACUCAAACUGUUGCCUCCCAUUUGCCUCUUUUCAAGACUUCCUGAAUGGAUUGGACAGCUCCAAAAGCUAUGCAUUCUGAAAAUUGUUGUUAGGAAACUUAGGAGGGAUGAUGUCAACAGAAUUGCUGGAUUAAAGGCACUCACUAUUCUCUCAUUGUAUGUCAGGCAACCAACUGCACAAAGCAUUAUCUUCAACUGCGCUGCAUUCCCAGUUCUAAAGUAUCUCAAAUUCAGAUGUGGCGUUCUGCGCCUCGCCUUUCAAGCAGAAGCAAUUCCAAACCUAUGGAGGCUCAAACUAGAAUUCAAUGCCCACAGUGGAGAGCAGUACGGUGAUAUGCUCACCGGCAUUGAGCACUUGUCAAACCUCCAAGAGAUCGAUGUACGAGUUGGGGCAGCUCCCGGUGCAGAGGAAUCCGACAAGAUGGCCGCGGAAUCUGUACUCAAGGAAACCAUUAGCAAGCAUUCAAGGCAUCUAAGCUUCAGUGUACGAAGGGCAAACACCUUUGAGGAAGAGAUUCCUCAAUUUUCUGAUCUGGCUCCAAGUUCGUCCCAGUUAGAUGAAUUAUUGAUGAAUAGGUCUACUAUGGUUGAUGUCACUGCUCAACCCAAUGAAAUCGAUGAGGUUCGGGAGGUGUCCCUUAGCAGUGAAUACAGGGGGGGAAAUGAUCCGGUCAAACAGACAGAUGAGCAUCAAGGAGUUUCAACUAUUGCUCGUAAGGCUAAAUCUGCAGGCAGAUCUGCUAGUCAGAAUUACAAGAAGGGAGAUCCCGAAGCGCUCUCCAAGGAUCCACCAUCAGCUAAAGCUUCUCCCACGAGAACUGGGUCAGAUCCAGUGGUGCAAAAAUCCAGGAAUGAAAGACGUGCAAAUAGAGAAGAUGAUCUUUGUCGGCAGCAGGCAAGAAUUGUACUUCAAGAAGGGGUUUCAUCUCUUUCAUGGGAACACCGUACAACCGCACCGACAACACCUGGAAGGUUCAAGGUGAAAUCAAGUGGCCGUGGAUAUGAAACACCUGAGAGAGGAUCAGCUGUGCCAAAAUUUGGAGAUUGGGAAGAAUCGAAUGACGCCUCUGUAAGUGACGACGGUUUCAGCGCCAUAUUUAACAAAGUGAGGGAGGAGAAACAGUCUAGCGAUGCCCCAGCUAGGACCAGUGGUGCAGCUUAUAACCGCUCUGAUCAAGGCCGCAAAUAUAAAUUGGGCUGCUCAUGCUUCGGGUGGUCCAGAGGCAGACUACAGAAGUAGCCUCCUGUAGUUGAAGAUUGGAUCAGCCUGGGUUGAUUGUAUCGUUCUAGAAGCGGAUGUCCACGGCCAGCCAGAAGACGAUGGCAAAGGUCACAAUGUACUGGAGGGAGGCUUAGGGAGAGUGACAAAAACCCUUGCCAGAAAACCGCAGGGCAGAGGUUGUAAAAUUAGUCCUUGAUAGAUGCAAGCUCCAGCUCCAGGGUGACUACUUACUAGGUGGGAAAUGAGGCGGAACAAAAGAAAAACAUUUAGAUUUAUUACUAAGGGUGACCAGAAUAUUUUCUUGUUGACAAAAACCACUUCCUUUACCAUGCAUAGGAUGGGGAUCAAGAACUCCCACCCACAAAAAAAAA